UUGAACUUCUCAGAGCACUUGAGGCUCCUCCUUGUAACAAAUCAAGAUGCGAUAACACUUAAGAAUCGGACACCGAGAGUAUCACAGAUUUCAGCGGGGAGAGGUCGCGUGAUCAACGAGAUGAACGUAGAAGAGGACAGUGGCAUGUCAGUCAGCUGUGGCAACGGUAAACUGAGACAGUGGCUGAUCGAUCAGAUUGACAGCAGGGUAUAUCCCGGCCUGAUUUGGGAAAAUGAGGAAAAAAGCAUCUUUAGGAUUCCGUGGAAACAUGCAGGAAAACAAGACUAUAACAGAGACGAGGAUGCUGCGCUCUUCAAGGCGUGGGCAUUGUUUAAGGGAAAAUAUAAGGAAGGAGUCGAUAAGCCAGAUCCCCCCACAUGGAAAACAAGACUACGCUGUGCUCUUAAUAAAAGCAAUGACUUUGAUGAGUUAGUGGAAAGAAGCCAACUAGACAUCUCAGACCCCUAUAAAGUCUACAGAAUCAUUCCAGAAGCAGCCAAAAGAGGAAUGAAAAUGAGUGUAGAGGAGACACCAUCACCUGCAAACGCCCUUGGCUAUAUUCCUCCAUUUACGUCGAUGCACAACCAGGUAUCCGGCUAUAUGGUUUCUCCGGAGAGAAGGGACUGGAGGGAUUACUCACCCCCAGAACAACAACCUCUUCCUCCUCCACAUCACCAUGGGUCACAUGCAGAGCUGCAGUAUGGUCAGUGCCACUACCCAUCACCGUUCAGUCGGGCUUGGCCGGGGUCACACACAGAAAAUGGUUUUCAGCUCUCCUUCCACACCUACUUUUCAGAGUCCCAACCGCCCGUGUAUUCAAUUGACCAAAACAAUGCCAUAACAGAUUUCAGCCUGCAUGUGUCCCUAUACUACAGAGAGGCUUUGGUGAAGGAGGUUACCACCACCAGUCCAGAAGGUUGUCGGAUCACCUCUUCUUCCUCCUCCUCUCCAUCCUCUUCCUCCUCUUCCUCCCCAUGCCCCGAGGACAAGCUUCACAGCGGGGAAGAAAUCAUUCUUUUUCCAUUCCCGUACCCUGAGUCUCAGAGACAGGGUGCUGAGAUGCUUCCUAAUGUACUGGAGAAGGGGGUGCUUCUGUGGAUGACACCUGACGGGUUGUACGCUAAGCGCCUCUGCCAAGGACGAGUGUACUGGGAAGGACCUCUGGCUCCAUUUAUGGAUAAACCCAACAAGCUGGAGAAGGAGCAGCCAUGCAAACUGUUUGACACCCAGCAAUUCCUUAUUGAACUUCAAGAUUUUGUCCAUAAUGGCCGACAUUUACCCAGACACCAGGUGGUGCUAUGUUUUGGAGACGAGUACCCCGACCCCCAGCGCCCAAGGAAGAUGAUCACAGCACAGGUGGAGCCAGUGUUUGCCAGAAAACUGGUGUACUAUUACCAGCAGAGCAAUGGCCACUACAUGCGGGCUUUUGAUCACACCCAGGAACAGAACACAUCUCCAACAAACGACUAUCCUUCCCAGAGAUCUCUACAGCAUAUUCAGGAGUGACACAUACAUUCCCCCCCAUGAAUGUCAAAGUAAACCGCUGGCCGUUUUUCAACCCUUUUGACUGCAUUGCUGUGUACUGUAAAUGAUAGAAGCUAUCAUGAUACUGAGGGGUAGAGAUGGGGAAGACCCUGUUGUUUUCACUUGCACACCUAUGCGUGGUAGUCUUUCUGUCUGUGAUUGUAGAGUAAUGUAUUUUUUUCUCACAAGUAUUAUUGUGACAGUGUGAAGGAUGCGGUUUGAGGGUGGGGGGAUAAGGAGAGCAGAGGGUGACUGAGACAGGAAGUACUAGCGCAGGUGCACAGGAAGAAUGGCCCCUAAGACAAACACUGAUAUGUCAAAGGGACAAAACAGAGUAUGAAUGAAUAUUUAUUGCAUUUUCACAGGUAACAGUUGAUGCUCACACACUGUGAGUGGCACAGUCCCAAACCCUGCCUUUUAAACUCAGUUGACACAGCUCCUUUUGUGAUUCAAAAUUUUGAUUACAUACAGGACUUGAUGUACAGUUUAAUAAAAUUUGCUUAUGUGAGCAACAGUCAACAAUAUCAAUGCUUGGGUCCAUUGUAGACCUCAAUUCUGUUUUUUAUCGCAAAAAAAGAGCAAGUUACAACUGAAGUUUGAGAGAAAUUGAUGUUAUCACUGGUCUGGUGCAGUGAGAGGAAGCUGUUAUCACACUUUUUUUAUCUCUUGGCUGCUACAUACAGUACGUUGCAGGACACACUUACGGAAAUCUAUUUCUACUGAAUCUGGCCAGCUUUUAAAAAUAUUACAUUCAUUUAAAUUACAUCAAACUGAACAAAACACCAGAAGGGAUCACAAGAUAAUCCAAGAAGUCCCCAGUGUAUAGUUUAACUUUUUCAGGUCAACAACUUCUAGACAUGAACUUCGUGACAAGUGUUUACAGGUCGACUGGCUUUGUAUUAAAUGCUUACAAACGAAAAAAGGUUGGGGACCACUAGCUAACAACACAUUAUCAGAGAGCAGCUUGGGCAUCAAGGUCUGUGUCACCAGAAAUAGUGGGUGACCUUAACCUCUUGGACUGUUGACUGGAAAAAUCACACUCAUCCUGUAACUGUGAGAAAACCGUACCAUUUCCUCUUGACCUGAAACUUUAGGCCUCACAAAUGGGAAGAAAAACUACCUUUGUGGUCUGCGCACAGGUUUAGCCAGGGAAGAGCUCUCUGGUUCCCAUGCUAGCGAUACCCAGAGUUCCCUGAUGUACUGUUGAGGUUACACACUGGAUGUAACGUCCACACAAAAGCUAUCAUGAGAUCCUAACAACCUAGUUAAGAAUGCAUCAUAAGCCAUACCUAUCCAAUAGUGAAACCAAUGCAAUUCCUCAUGUUUUGAUGUCCUAAAGGCUCAUGCGUCAAGGGAUAAAGGUUUUAUUAUGUUUUUCAUCUGUGGUCCAGAGUUUCGAUCUCUGCAUUUACUUCCUUCACACUUCAACCACAUCACUUUCACAAUGGCUUCAAAAGUAUGACCAAAAUCACAGGCGGGAAUGUUUUUUUUUCUUCUUUUUUUGUGUGUGUCUGAACCAUAAA